AUGGGCAAUAAAUCUGACAUAAAAUCCUGUUAUGCAACUGGUGUGAGGAUAAAAUUUACAUUUAUUACUGAGUAUUGCAACCCCAUUAUUAGCGUUUUCGCACAUUCACUGAUAUCAUUUAAUUUAACAGAUAUGCCUUUUAUUUACAAGUGUGUGGAGUGUCUAGAAGAUUUGUGUGGUGAUUGUUAA